UAUUGAUUGCAAAACCAGGAGUGAAGGUAGAAGAUUGGGAGUUGAGGGUGGGUGAGCCCGGCUGAUCCCUUUAUUAUAUACCCACCCUAUCAUCUACCCCUUUUAUCAUUCCCAUUACCCAAUUUUCGAUAUUGGGCUCUGCUCUCAUAUUUCUACUUCUCCUCCCUUCAACUGUCUGAUCUAACCCAUCAGACACUUUUGAAGAUUGCUCUGAUCUGUGCUGUAAAGAUCAGGUUUUGAGGAUGGAGUUUUUUGAAAGACCAGAAGCUCAAUUUAUCAUCGGUGUUGCUGUUGCUAUUGCUGCUGCUGGUGCUGCUGCCUACUAUUAUUCUUCCAAGAAACCCAAAGUAUGCUUGGAUCCUGACAGGUUCAAAGAAUUUAAGCUUGUGAAGCGCACGCAAAUAAGCCACAAUGUUGCUAAGUUCAGAUUUGAACUCCCCACACCUACUUCUGUAUUGGGCCUACCCAUUGGACAACAUAUUAGUUGCAGGGGCAAGGAUAGUCAAGGUGAAGAGGUUGUUAAAGCGUACACACCAACUACUUUGGACUCAGAUGUUGGAUAUUUUGAACUAGUUAUUAAGAUGUAUCCUCAAGGAAGGAUGUCUCAUCAUUUCCGAGAAAUGCGUGAGGGUGAUUAUUUGGCUGUGAAGGGACCUAAGGGCCGCUUUAAGUAUCAGCCUGGCCAAGUGAGAGCAUUUGGAAUGCUUGCUGGAGGCUCUGGCAUUACCCCAAUGUUUCAGGUUGCUAGAGCUAUUCUCGAGAAUCCAGAUGACAAGACAAAGGUGCACCUGAUAUAUGCUAAUGUUACCUAUGAAGACAUUCUUUUAAAGGAACAGUUGGAUGGCCUUGCUGCUAACUAUCCUGACCGUUUCAAAAUUUAUUACGUACUGAAUCAGCCUCCUGAAGUAUGGAGCGGUGGUGUUGGAUUUGUGUCCAAGGAAAUGAUUCAGACUCAUUGCCCUGCCCCAGCAUCUGACAUUCAGAUACUGAGGUGUGGUCCACCUCCAAUGAACAAGGCUAUGGCUGCUCAUCUUGAAGCCCUUGGAUACACCCCAGAGAUGCAAUUCCAGUUUUAACUUCCUUUUCUUUUUUGCAUUUUUUUAUUAUUUUUGUCCCUUAUUGAUAUUUAAGCUCCAUCGAGAAUGCUGUCAUUUUUAUAGCUGAGGAAAGGCACUUAUUAUUUGCAUAUGGUGGGGACUAUUAGGGGUGUUUAACAGAGUUUGGGGAUGAAACAACUCUGAAAUCUAAAGCUUACUUUCAGUUUUAAUAACGUGUCUUCCCUGAUUUUGGUA